CCUUUGGUGAUAAACACAAGCACUAGCACCACUACCAUCACCUAACACCAUUAUCAAAAGUCUCAUAUAUUUGAUUUCUUCUUUAGAGUUCAUAUUAACCUUUAUAUUCGAAGAAUGGUUCAAAAGCUUUGGAGCUAGCUUGGACUAUUGUAAGUGCUAAUUAAUGAUCUCUUUUUUAAAUUUCUAGAAACAGCAGAUAAUUGAAGAUGCGGUGUCUUGCAGCUGUAGUGAGAAGAAAUCUUCAGAAGAUGAAGAAAAGCUCAAAGGUGGCAGAUGAGAACAUGUUUGAAGCAGGGAACGUGGUUGAACUACCAAUAUUUGGAGGUAAUAACAGAGGAACAAGACAACGUGGGUGGAAUGUUUUUUCACUUAUUUAUACUAUUCUUCAUGCUCCAAUAUCAAUACUCUCAUGUGUCUCUAAUCCUCAUGUUAAUGCUUCUGAUGGGGUUUGGGCCUCUGGUGAAUUAGCACAAAUUUCUGAGAUGAAUCAUCUUAUGGUAAAUGACAGUUUGCGAUAUGCAAUUUUGAUGUAGAAAAUGUGAAGAAAGUUGUAGCUCUAGAUUAAAUCUCUCGUUAUCUUUCUUCCUAGUCUUCUCUUCUUUCCUUUAUACUAAUUUGGAUCAUCAACUACACUAGGUAA